AUGAUCAGAGACAUGGAGUUCGAUGUGUCUGAAAUGUCCAGCUCGGAGUUUGUUUGCCGGUACGUGGCCGGUGAACGGGACCUAGUUGGUAUUCCUGUGUUUCCCUCUAGGGCCUUCCGUCAUAGUUGCAUCGUGGUCAACUCGAACAUCAUCUCAAAGCCAUCCGAUCUCAAUGGAAAAAGGAUAGGUGUCCAAGUCUACACUAUGACCGCUGCUGUCUGGAUCAGAGGGGUUCUGCAGGAUGCAGGGGUCGAUCUAUCUACGAUUACUUGGGUUGAGGGAGACCUGAUCAAGCCCGGUCCCCACGGUAAAGCGAAGCCAAAGCCACUUCUCCAUCCAAUUGACCGAAUGCCGAAUGAAAGCCGCAAGUCGCUCAGUGAACUCCUCGAAGACGGCGAGAUUGCAGCCACAAUUGGUGCACACACUCCGCCGUGCCUCGGAAAAGCACCUCAUAUUCAACAUUUAUUCUCGAACAUCCGUGAAACCGAGAAUGAAUACUAUCAGAGAACCGGAAUUUUUCCUAUUAUGCAUCUUGUCGCCAUCAAAAGAGAGGUUGUGGAAAAACACCCAUUCGUCCCGCGCAGCCUAUUCCACGCGAUGAAUGAGUCUAAAAAUAUUGCCCUGCAUUCGAUGAGGUUUGUGUCAACUUACCGAUAUAUGCUGCCAUUUCUCUCAUCCGAUCUCGUUGAGAUUGAAGAACUAUUUGGUGGUGAUCCAUGGCCUUACGGAAUUGAGUCUAAUCGCACAACUUUGGAAGCACUGGUGAACUUGCUGUAUGACCAAGCUAUGAUUUCUCGCAGAGUUACGCUUGAGGAGUUAUUUAUAGACCCCUGUGAAUAA